UUCAAUGUUUUACACAACGGUUAUUUGCCAGACUUCUCGGCUGGGAGCAGUAACUUCCUCACACACACAGAUACAGACACACACCCCACCCCAUACAAUGGCCAUGUGCUCAUGCAGGGCCGUAUAGUAGGUGGUCACACCGCUGCGCCAAACUCCAUCAAAUACAUUGUGUCACUGCAGAGCACCCGGGGCCAACAUUUCUGCGGUGGAUCACUGGUUCACAGGUACUGGGUGCUGACAGCAGCGCACUGUAACAUCGGGGCAGAGCACAUGAUGAUAGUGGCGGGCGACUACAUUGUUAAUACCUUUGAGGGUACUGAGCAGUACGCUAAACCCCACAGGCUGGUCACCCAUCCCCACUACAACAGGAGCACCAACAAUGCUGACAUCAUGCUCAUUAAGUUGCGGGCCCCCAUGGUGCUGAACAAAUACGUCUCGCUGGCACCUCUCCCCAGGCAAGGGACAGGAGUGUUUGAAGGCUUGGUGUGUCGGGUGUCCGGGUGGGGCUACAACAAUCUAGAUGGAGGCCAGGCCCCCUUCACCCUGAGGACGGUCACAGUACCCAUUGUUUCAUCUGCAAGGUGUAACAGCAGCGAAUCCUUUAAUGGAAACAUCACGGCAAACAUGAUCUGUGCUGGCUACAGGACUGGAGGAAAAGAUGCAUGCAAGGGAGACUCUGGCGGGCCACUUGUAUGUAGAGGGUGUGUCUACGGCGUGGUCUCCUGGGGCAACGGCUGUGGUGAUGCUAAGUUUCCAGGAGUCUACACGGCUGUGUCCAAAUUCCGCCGGUGGAUAGACCAAACCAUCUACGGGUCAUAUCUACGCUGUACCAAAUACUGA